CGUUUAGUCGUGACGGUCCCACGACGAUAGCCACCGUCUGUCCCGAUGUUUAACAGUUGAAAACACCCUCACUACUCGGUCGUUCCGUGUUAUUCAGCAACAAUGGACUACGCCGUUCCCUUGUCCCGUAAAGUCAUCGCGGUAGCUGCCGGUGAAGCUCACACUCUCGCCCUCACAGGGGAUGGGUGCGUGUUCUCGUGGGGAAGAGGGAUGUUUGGUCGACUCGGGACCGGUUCAGAGGCGGACGAGCUUUUCCCGGUCCGUGUAAAUUUUGAUUGUCCCAGUAGAUCGAAGGAAGAGCGGCUCAAGUUUGUCGGUGUAGCUGCCGGUGCUUAUCAUAGUCUUGCUCUUGCAGAUGAUGGAUCUGUUUGGUGCUGGGGUUACAACAUCUAUGGCCAACUUGGUGUUAGUGGAGAGAAUUCUGCAGUGCCCUGCUUGUUGGAGCAGUUCGUUGAGUUGGCCUCUCCUGAUUCUGUGACAGAUAAGUCAGAAACAAAGAGUAAGGCACCACCAAAGGUUUGUUCUGUCAAAGCUGGAGGAAUGAUGUCUCUAGCAAUUGAUAAUCUUGGGGCCCUCUGGAUGUGGGGCAAUUGCCCACAGCAAAGCAGCAGCGAUGAAGCUGGAUUCUUUCUUGUAAGCACUGUCACUCCAAAACAUGUCUGGGAUUUCCAUGGCCACACUGUUGUCAAGGUGGCAUGUGGAAAUGAGCAUGCUGUGGCCUUGGUUAGUGCUGGAGAAACAUAUAAAGGCGAUGACUUAGUAUGCUACUCUUGGGGUAACAACAAACAUGGCCAGUUAGGUCUGGGGGAUAGAGAGAGCAGGCUGCAUCCGGAAAUCAUUAAGACAUUUAAUGAAGACUCUCCUUGGGCAGUUUAUGAGGUAGCAUGCGGGGCCUUUCACACGGCUUUGCUCACUCAUAAAAAGAGAGUAAGUGACACACUAGAAAGUGUGUGCUGGACAUUUGGCCUUGGUGAUAAUGGGCAGCUUGGGCAUGGAACUACACAGAGUGCAGUAUCUCCUGAACCUGUGAAAGAAUUGCAGCAGUAUGUAUAUCUGAUCUCUGUUGACUGUGGCUUGUUUCAUACUAGUGUUGUUUCGUCAGCAGGAGAAGUGUGGUCAUGGGGAAUGGUGAAGGGUCUUGGCCUAUUCCCAGAUGCUAGUUUUGCUGUUGCUGAUUCGGGGGAUGCCGUUUCUCCUCUGCUAAUUUCAUGUAGCAGGCCACAAUGGCCUAAAUUCCAGGAUCCAGUUCAAGUUGCUUGUGGGGCUGCACAUACUGUUCUUGUUGCACAUGAUGGAUAUAAGCUUUGGUCUUGGGGUCGGGGAAGGAGUGGGGUUCUUGGCAAUGGUAAGACAGUUGAUUGUUUUUCUCCCACUGUGGUAUUAUGGCCUCCACUUACAGAAGAUUUCAGACAAGAGGAGUUGAAGACUUCAGGUGUCACAGAAAUAGAUAAAAGAUUGUCUUUGGCAAUGGAGGAGAUGAACCUGCUUCAAUCAAAACUUUCUUUGAUGGAACGGUAUGCUGGCAUACUUCAUGGUUCAAUUUUUGGAAAACCUUUUGAAGAGCAAGAUAUUCCAGCCUCAUUGCAGAGAUUCGGUACUUUUGACGUUGCAAAGGAAUGGGAGAAUAUGUUGGAGGCUGCAGAUCGUGGGAAGCUCAUCGGGUUGGAAAUGUUCUACCAAAAUAUACUUGCAGGUGUUAAAGAUAAGCUAAUGAAGAGAAGGAUUCAGGAGAUUGUAAAAGAGUGUCUCCAUUCUUCUUCAAUGGGACGUCAGUGACAAAACUGGAGGGGAUGAUAUGCAUUUCACUGUUAAAAAAGAUCGCCAAUUUAAACAUUUCAUCAUGUGUGCUUAUUAUAUUAUAUGUUUGUUAUGUCAUUACAUAAAUCACGAGAUUUUAGCAGUUCUGUCGCAAGUUAUGGAUGGUAAUCUUUAUGUAGAGAGAGAAUGGGAAAAUAUUUGUGAAAAAGAGGAAGGCUUGGCAGGCGGAUUGGCUGGCACAUGUUCUAAUAAUCUGGGGUUGAUUUCUCUAGAAAACAUGUCAUUUGUAAUUGUGGCUAUGUUAAAUAAAGGGCAUUAGCUUAUAUUUUGACUGA